GAAAAUGGAGAUUCCAGCCGUACCAACGUCAAAAUGCAUCCAUUAUUGGAAAAGGAAGGUCAAGUCAGAAUAUAUGCGCCUUAGGCAGCUCAAGAGACUGCAAGCAAACAUGGGAGCCAAGGCGCUGUUUGUGUCUAACUAUGCAAAGGUUCAGGAGAAGAUAAACAUUCUGAACGAAGACUGGAAGAAGCUUAGAGUUCAACCUAUUCAAUCAAUGAAGCUGGUUGGAGGGCAUCCUUUUCUCAAACAGUGCACAGUCGAGAGCAUUUUCCCCAGUCUGACCACCCAGACCCUGUUCAUGCGGACUCUGAACACUGUGGCUUUGGUGCCUAUCAUGUAUUCCUGGUCCCCGCUUCAGCAGAAUUUCAUGGUGGAGGAUGAAACCGUUCUGUGCAACAUCCCCUACAUGGGGGACGAGGUGAAAGAGGAGGAUGAAACCUUCAUUGAGGAACUCAUUAACAACUACGACGGCAAAGUUCACGGAGAGGAAGAAAUGCUCUCGACGUCCGUCCUGAUCAGCGAUGCUGUGUUCCUGGAGCUGGUGGAUGCGCUCAAUCAGUACUCUGAGGAGGAAGAGGAAGGCCACGAUGCUGCGGAAGGCAAACAGGAAGCGGCAAAGGACGAGCUGCCUGUCACCCGGAAGAGGAAAUGGCUUUCUGUGGAAGGCAACAAGAAAUGUCUGAAGAAGCACUUUCCAAAUGACAUGAUCUUCACUGCUCUUUCGUCAAUGUUCCCAGAGAACGGCUUUCCAGAGGAUAUGAAGGAGAGAUACAGAGAACUGACAAAAGAAUCUGACCCGAAUGUACUCCCUCCCCAAUGCACGCCAAACAUCGAUGGACCGUGUGCCAAAUCUGUUCAGCGCGAGCAGACCCUGCACUCUUUCCACACUCUCUUCUGCAGGCGCUGCUUCAAGUACGACUGUUUCCUCCAUCCUUUCCACGCUACUCCCAACGUUUACAAGCGGAAGAACAGAGAAACCAAAAUUGAAAUGGAGCCUUGCGGGCCAGAGUGCUUCCUGUGGUUGGAGGGAGCCAAGGAGUUUGCUGUGCUGCACAACCCGCGUUCCAAGUGCUCUGGACGACGUCGCCGCAGGCAUCUCACACUCAGUAACACUUCCAGUGCUUCCGCCUCCACGAGCAACGAAGCGAAAGAAGGCGAUAGCGACCGAGACACGGGCAAUGACUGGGCCUCCAGUUCCUCUGAGGCAAACUCACGUUGCCAGACCCCAACCAAGCCGAAGCUGAGCCCUGCCUCUUCGCAGCCCUUCGUGGCUGACAUGCCGCUGGAGCCUGUCGAGUGGACCGGAGCCGAGGAGUCCCUCUUCCGCGUCUUCCACGGGACUUACUUCAACAACUUCUGCUCAAUCUCUCGGCUCCUGGGAACCAAGACCUGCAAGCAGGUCUUUCAGUUUGCAGUAAAGGAGUCCUUGAUCAUGAAGCUGCCCGUGAAUGAGCUCUUGAAUCCCUCCCAGAAGAAGAAGAGGAAGCACAGGCUCUGGGCUGCUCACUGUCGGAAGAUCCAACUUAAAAAAGACAGCUCCUCCACUCAGGUGUACAACUACCAGCCCUGCGACCACCCGGACCACCCUUGCGACAGCUCUUGCCGGUGCAUCAUGACCCAGAAUUUCUGCGAGAAGUUUUGCCAGUGCAAUCCCGACUGCCAGAACCGUUUCCCAGGCUGCCGGUGCAAAACGCAGUGCAACACCAAGCAGUGCCCGUGCUACCUGGCGGUCCGAGAGUGUGACCCGGACCUCUGCCUGACCUGCGGCGCCUCGGAGCACUGGGAAUCCAAGGUGGUCUCUUGCAAGAACUGCAGCAUCCAGCGGGGUCUUAAGAAGCACCUGCUGCUCGCCCCAUCGGAUGUUGCCGGGUGGGGAACCUUCAUCAAGGAGGCGGUGCAGAAGAAUGAAUUUAUCUCUGAGUACUGCGGGGAGCUCAUCUCUCAAGAUGAGGCUGACCGACGUGGGAAGGUCUAUGACAAGUACAUGUCCAGCUUCCUCUUCAACCUCAAUAACGAUUUCGUUGUUGACGCCACCCGGAAAGGCAACAAAAUCCGGUUUGCAAACCACUCUGUCAACCCCAACUGUUAUGCCAAAGUGGUGAUGGUGAACGGAGACCACCGCAUUGGGAUUUUUGCCAAGAGAGCCAUCCAGGCCGGUGAAGAACUCUUUUUCGAUUACAGGUACAGCCAGGCAGACGCGCUCAAAUAUGUUGGCAUAGAAAGAGAAGGCGAAAUAAUCUAGCCGUGCUCCCAGCAAGCAUCGCCGCACCCUAUCCAUGCUGCUUCCCUUGUUGCUGUGUGUGUCGUGAGCGCUUCAUUCCAUCCAGGUCCCUCUUCAGAGAAGGAAAGGAGGAGCAGGAGAGGCCCACAAACUUCCUACAGAAGUGAGAUUCUGACUUCCAAGGCCUGAGCUGGGGAGCCCUUCUCAAUUGCCGCCGGAGGAAAAUUCAGAGGUGCUGAAAAGGCGUUUUGAGCCCUGCCCCGUGAAGAAUGAGCCUGGGGUUGGGACGCUGGGCUUUGUGGACUCUGUUGGUCUUUUGCGGGGAAGCCUGGUUUGAGCUGAAGGAAGUAUUAUUUUCCUCUGGCUGCCUCCUCCCUUCUCUGCAGGCAAGAGCAACACAAGCGAGAACCCCAGCUGCAGGGAAGGAUGAGCCGUGAAGUGCUAAGCACAGGAGGUCAUGGGAGCAAGGAAUUCGUAUAGGCUAAGGAGCUGUAGAUAGAAGCAAGGAGCAUGGGCACAUAGAGAUAUGGGCAGAAAGGUGAGGAGGAGUGUUUGGGGCAGCUAAAGUGGGUCGGUCAGAUGGGGCAGAGGGUUGUAGGAGGCGUCAGGGCAUGGGAGGCGCCACCAGCUCUGGUUUGGGUCUCCCAUGGUGGUGAUUUGACCCCUUCUGUUGGUUGCAUUAGGGCGUAAUGGGGCUUCUCCUCCCUAGCCAUAAUCGGGUCUCUUCCAUCCCGUCAGUAUGUGUUAGAUAUUGGGAGACGGGAAGUACAAAGCGUUCUCAGAGUCCAGAGGAAGCCCCGGUUGUUUUCAGUCCUGCGAGGCUGAACCAAGAGUCCCUGCUGGUAGCGACAAAGCGACUGCGCAGAAUGGUGCUGCAGCUGCGCUGCCCAAGACCCACUGUUUUUAAGAAAUGACUCUGUGGCUACAAGCCUUAAUUCCCCCAGAGUCUCGUGAGCAAUUCUCCCGUCGCCUCUGAAGCAAGGAAGUUGCUUAUCCAUCAUCUGUCCUCUUCUAAGCCCUCCAGCAGAAUCUCGGGCCCUGCAGCGCUGGCAACACUCCUCCUCCUUUGCUGAGUUCACGUUUUUGGUCAGACUCUACCCCUUUAAGCUUUUAAAUAAAUGAAUGAAUGAAUGAAUCAGCACCUUUGAAGCUGCAGGAGGUUUCAUGCAAGGGAUGUUUGGGGGUACGUGUCCCAGCUAGAAUGAAACCUUACGAAAUGCUGUUUCAGGGAUGGUAUCGGGACUACAACUCCCAUCUGCCCCUGCCAGUGUGGCCAGGGAUGAUGGGAUGUGUAGUCUGUUCCUCACCAAAUUCCUCUCCCUCAGAAAUCAGGAUUCCCCCCUGCCUAUUGAUGUACAAAACAAACAAGUUAGCAUGCACUUUAGAAUAAUUUGCUCCACCAUGGGUCGGCCGUGGAGAGCUGGGCUCUCCGUGAGCUACAGAGGGUGGGAAGCUGAGUCGAUGGCAUGAAUUACUGUAAGGGCUGGGUCCUCAUCAGCUCCGGCAGUAAUAAUAGCCAGCUUUUCCUGCUGUUGAGGUUAUUUGCAGGCACCAGCAGAAGACAAGACGUUCUUCUCAAAGUUUGGCAUAGCAGCUGCUGCGUGUGACGGUCUUGUCCAUUUAGAGGUGGCAAAAGAAGUUUUACACUAUGGGGCUGGGUUUCGUAUUAGUAGUAUGCAGAGCUUUUGAAUUCUACAGAAUUAUCUCCUGCGUCAUCAGGGAGCGGUUUCUUACUACCGGCAGAGAGCAACAUUUUGGCCUAGUCUGAAGGAUUUUCAGCCAUUUCAGAUCAAGAUAGCUGCCUAAUUGUAGAAGCUCCCGCAUCUAUUCCAAGUAGAACACUCUUUGAAAGGGUUCAUUGGCCAAAUCCCUUUCCCUGCCUGUCCCUUGGCCUACAUUUGACAUGUAGAAUAAUACCAUGGAUAGUGUCUAAACAUGCGUAGAGUGCGUUUUCUCCCAUAUAGCUAUAACCUUCCCUCUGUCAUCUGGGAUCAGGGCUUUCCAGGCAGGGGGGCUGCGAUUGCUGGACAGCCUAGACUUCUCAAAUCUUUCUCGGAAAUUAAUAACAGAAAGAACUAAGCAGCAGUGACUGCGCCCCUUUCCCUGUUGCUCAUCUUUCCCCAGCACCUGAAUACUCAUGGUGGCGGGGAAACAAGGACAUCUAUCACACACAUAGUCGCUCAAACCAUUUUACUCUGCUUCCCAACACGGAUAUUGAUUCUGUUGUGAGAAAAGGAGAUCCAGUAGCUGCCAGCUUGCAGUCCUCCUCCUCUCCCUGGCUGUUGCUCAUACAGGACCCUCCACAGCAGCCCUUAUCUGUAAAAAUGCGAAGAAACUGACUAAUUGUGAUGGGAGCUUUCUGCGGCAGCAGCCUGCUUCCGAGAUUACGUGCGUGCAUGCUGGAUGCCGAAGUUAAUAAAAGAACUUCCACUCUUCGAUGCAUUAAAUCAGGGUUUCCCAAGCUUGGGUCUCCAGCUGUUUUUGGACUACAACUCCCAUCAUCCCUAGCUAUCAGGACCAGCGGUCAGGGAUGAUGGGAAUUGUAGUCCCAAAACAGCUGGAGGGCCAGGUUUGGGUAACACUGUGUUAAAUGCUGCCUAAAGCCAUGAAGGAGGCUAGCGUUCGGAUUGCUAUCGGCAUAGCAGCAAGUCAUUUUUGGUAGCAGGGAAGGUGGAAUUGGAGUGUGAGAUUAGCUAUGGGGCUGUAGCUAAAUAAAAUAGAUGCAAAUGCACUUUUUCCCCUCAGCUACCUCUGCACCCAACUUUAGAUUAAGGAGAAUAUGGUUCCUGGGGCAGACUGCAGUGGGAAGGUCUGCAACUCUCUGAUUUGACCAAUGGCUUGAAGUGCCAAAGUGAGCUGCUUCCUUCUGAAAGGAGCUAUCCAGUGCUGAACCUGCCACUGGUUUUAAGGUGAUGCAAGUUUUAAUACUUUGCUAGGGGCUGGCUGGGCCUAUAGUAAUAGGCGCUUCCUCUGCUCAUCUCCGUUGCAAAAGUAACUUAACCCAUAAAAAGGCAUUGUUUGUGCAGCUGUUUGGGUGUUUGGACCUCACAUCCAUAGUGCAUUCUGUUCCCUCUUAUAAUGCAAGCCUGCAUCGCUUGACACUUUUGAGGCACGGCGCAGAGGUUGGCCGGGGCAGAGGCCUCCAGUCCCCUCCCAGAACAUUUAUAGCGUGGUAACGAGAGCAGGUUUAGCAUGCAGGAUUGUGAACUUGUAUGCUUACUUCCACCCCACCCCCCACAACACAACACAACACACACAAAAAGGAAGUUUAAUGGAACUGCUCUUGUGUUGGAGAAAUGGUGGCGGGGCAGAGCAGUAUCUCUCAAAGCCACUCUUGUCUUGGCCUCUUCCUCCCAACUCCUCUGGCUGCUUAUGUCUCUCUGCUUUGCUGCUGGCAACUUAUGUGCACUUUAUAUAUUAUGGCUUGUAAGAGUUUUGUCUUAAUAAAGUUGUAGUGACUGCUGA